CUCCGCCCCGCCGCCAUGUACCGCUGCCUGGGCGAAGCGCUGCUGCUGUCCCGCGCCGGGCCCGCCGCCCUGGGCUCGGCGGCGGCCGACUCGCUGGCGCUGCUGGGCCGGGCCCGCGGGCAGCCCGCCGCCGCCCCGCAGCCGGGGCUCGCGCCGCCCUCCCGGCGGCGCUACAGCGAGGCAGCGGCUGACCACGAAGAUGACCCCAACUUCUUCAAGAUGGUGGAGGGCUUCUUCGACCGCGGCGCCAGCAUCGUGGAGGACAAGCUGGUGGAGGACCUCCGGACCCGGGAGAGCGAGGAGCAGAAGCGGAACCGGGUGCGCGGCAUCCUGCGGAUCAUCAAGCCCUGCAACCAUGUGCUGAGCCUGUCCUUCCCCAUCCGGCGCGACGACGGCUCCUGGGAGGUCAUCGAGGGCUACCGGGCCCAGCACAGCCAGCACCGCACGCCCUGCAAGGGAGGCAUUCGCUACAGCACGGACGUGAGCGUGGACGAGGUGAAAGCGCUGGCCUCCCUGAUGACGUACAAGUGCGCUGUGGUCGAUGUGCCAUUUGGGGGUGCCAAAGCUGGCGUGAAGAUCAACCCCAAGAACUACACUGACAACGAGCUGGAGAAGAUCACGAGGAGGUUCACCAUGGAGCUGGCCAAGAAGGGCUUCAUCGGUCCGGGCAUUGACGUGCCUGCCCCAGACAUGAGCACGGGCGAGCGGGAGAUGUCCUGGAUCGCCGACACCUAUGCCAGCACCAUCGGGCACUAUGACAUCAAUGCCCAUGCCUGUGUCACCGGGAAGCCCAUCAGUCAGGGCGGGAUCCACGGACGAAUCUCUGCCACUGGCCGGGGCGUUUUCCACGGGAUUGAGAACUUCAUCAAUGAAGCAUCUUACAUGAGCAUUUUAGGAAUGACACCAGGGUUUGGAGAUAAAACAUUUGUUGUUCAGGGAUUCGGCAACGUGGGCCUGCACUCGAUGAGAUACUUGCAUCGCUUUGGUGCUAAAUGUGUUGGUGUUGGUGAAUCUGAUGGGAGCAUAUGGAAUCCAGAUGGUAUUGACCCAAAGGAACUAGAAGACUUCAAAUUGCAACAUGGAUCUAUCCUGGGCUUCCCCAAGGCAAAGCUGUACGAAGGGAACAUCUUGGAGGCCGACUGUGACAUCCUGAUCCCUGCUGCCAGUGAGAAGCAGCUGACCAAGUCCAACGCGCCCCGAAUCAAAGCCAAGAUCAUCGCCGAGGGUGCCAACGGGCCGACAACUCCAGAAGCUGAUAAGAUUUUCCUGGAGAGGAACAUCAUGGUUAUUCCCGAUCUCUACCUGAAUGCUGGAGGGGUGACCGUGUCUUACUUCGAGUGGCUGAAGAACCUGAAUCACGUCAGCUACGGACGCCUGACCUUCAAAUACGAGCGGGACUCGAACUACCACCUGCUCAUGUCUGUUCAGGAGAGCUUGGAGAGGAAGUUCGGAAAGCACGGCGGGACGAUUCCUGUCGUGCCCACGGCAGAGUUCCAGGACAGGAUAUCGGGGGCGUCUGAGAAAGACAUCGUGCACUCUGGCUUAGCCUACACCAUGGAGCGUUCCGCCAGGCAAAUCAUGCGCACAGCCAUGAAGUACAACCUGGGGCUGGACCUGAGAACAGCUGCCUACGUCAACGCCAUCGAGAAGGUCUUCAAGGUGUACAACGAAGCCGGCGUGACCUUCACGUAGGGCGGGGCAGCCAUGCUCCGCCGCCUCUGCCUGUCCGUCGCAGACCUGCACGCUCACAUGUAACCGCCGACCUUCCUCAUCCUUCCUAGCUAGUGGACACCGUCCUCAGCACAUCCAUCCCCGUCAGCCCGAGUUAGGGAAUCGUGUACAGAGCUAACAGUAGGUGCCAGAGAGCCCUGUGGGUGCUUUGCCUUUACAUAGAGUCCCUUCUACCUGGCUGCCCCGCCCCGCCCCGCCGCCCCCACGCAGCUGUGCGGGACACCUGUGGCCCACGGCCGUCCAUUGCUCGUUGCUCCAGCUCUGGCUGAGUCUGAGACGUGCUGUGACUUUGACGCGUAUAGAAGCAAGUGUGUGGCAUUUCCCGAAGGCAGCGUGGUCCUGGUCCUCAGUGAGUUAUUGGUAUUUCAUAUCAGCAAAAGAACUCAAUUCUAUAGAUGGAUGGCAAACACAAAUAAAAGCUGUUUUUCCUUAUGCAUUUAUUCUUUUAGAAUAAAACAAGUACAUGCUGCUGUAAUAAAAUUGCCUUUAAUCACUCAAUAAGCCUAACCUUGACUCCAGCGGUGAAUGCCUAUAAACAUGAAAGAAAAAGCUAGUAUUUUUAUAACACAAAACUGUCAUUUAUAGCCCAUCAGUAGUAUAUUGUCCAACAAAUCAGAAGCCAGUGGGUGCUCAGUCACCCUUGCGCAUGGUCCUGAGCAGCAGAUGACAGAGGCCGUUUCUGUUAAGACCGUUGGAGUCUAUUAACCACGUUUAUGACAUUAGUCCAAAGGAUGCAGUAACCUCCUCAUGUUAAUUGCUCUUCUCUUCAAAAUCUAUUGUGUUGACUGAUUGAACAAUAAUUCAAGUAGUAUCCCAGAAAAAACCACCUGGCUGCAGCUCUGAGCAUCGCAAUAACGGCCCUGACUGUGGGUCCUCUCCAGGGGCCUCCCCCAGCCAGCGUCACCGGCACGGCCGGGGCUGGUGGGGUCGUGUGCGUGCUUUGCCAGGGCCUUCUGAACAGCAGUGUCUCGAUGAAGUGCUAGAUAUUUAUGUAAGAAUGAGCUUUUUCUUUUUUAACAAUAAUAUCCUUUCAGAAAUUUCUAACUACUUUGUAACUGCAUGACUUAACCUGGUGAUAAAAGCAGUUAUUAAAAGU